CAACAUUCCACUACAUCUCCUUAGCUCAUUUGUCUGUUGUACUGUUUAGACUUGGGAAGAACAAUAGCCAUGGCUAAGCUUGUUGUUCUGCUGGCCAUUGCCCUCCUAGCCAUUUCCAUGGCUGACUCUGGUUACAAGGUGCUGGCCAAAGAAAUUAAGCAUUCUGAAGGGGAGUACAUACUGACUUCAAACGGACGAGGCACCCUGCAAACCUACCAAUGCCCAUCCCAAUGCUCAAGGAGGUGCUCAAAGACACAAUACCACAAGCCAUGCAUGUUCUUCUGCCAGAAGUGUUGCAUUAAGUGCCUCUGUGUACCCUCAGGUUUCUAUGGCAACAAAGGAGAGUGUCCUUGCUACAACAACUGGAAAACGAAGAGAGGGGGCCCAAAAUGCCCUUGACUUGAAGCAAACUAGUUUUCUCUAGCCUAUUUGUAUUGUUCACUUGCUUCACUCAACCUAAAGAGGUUGCUCUUGUAUUACCAUUAUCUGCCCGACCAACCUCAACUUGAUUGCUGAGUGUGGUAGGAGGCAACAUAAUUUGUAUCAAGAAUCAAUAUUAUGAUUCUUAUUUGUA